AUGAAGUUCACACGCCCCGUCCUGCUCGCCGGCGUAGCCUCUGCGCUGCCUCACUUUGACAGCCCCCAGCAGCGCCUCCUCAACGGCCUCGAGCUGCCAGACAAGUGGCUCCAGUCCAAGGCGACCCCGGGCAAGGGCAAGCCCUACACGCCCGAGCACCGCGAUCCCUAUGACAGCGCCAUCGAUCCCAUUGGCGACGAUCUCGACCCGCUGCCCUGGCGCAACGGCAAGGGCGCGAGCGUGCUGGGACCGUGGAACUGGGAGCGCAGCCGCGAGAACCCCGACCUCGUGCGGCCCCCCAGCACCGACCACGGCAAUGUGGCCAACAUGCGCUGGAGCUUUGCCGACUCCCACAUCCGCAUCGAGGAGGGCGGCUGGACCCGCCAGACGACGAUGCGUGAGCUGUCGACGAGCACGGAGCUUGCUAGCGUCAACAUGCGCCUCGACUCGGGCGCCAUCCGCGAGCUGCACUGGCACAAGGAGGCCGAGUGGGCGUACGUCCUGGCCGGUGAGGUGCGUAUCACUGCUCUCGACUACGAGGGCGGCUCCUUCGUCGACGACCUCAAGGAGGGCGACCUGUGGUUCUUCCCCAGCGGCGUCCCCCACUCGCUGCAGGGCCUGGGCGAGAACGGCACCGAGUUCCUGCUCGUCUUCGAGUCGCCCGGCGAGAUUGGCGGCGGCAAGUUCAGCGAGGAGAGCACCUUUGUGCUGACCGACUGGCUGGCGCACACGCCCAAGAGCGCCAUUGCCAAGAACUUCCACCUCGACCCGCAGGUGUUCGAGCACCUGCCGGCCAAGGAGAAGUACAUCUUCCAGGGCUCGCAGCCGGGGGCCAUCGACAAGGAGAAGCCGACGGGCAAGUACGUCAAGAAGUCCAAGGACAACUUCACCUACCGGCUGCUCGACCAGCCGCCCAAGGUCGUCUCGGGCGGCGAGGUGCGCAUCGCGGACAGCACCAACUUCCCCCUCUCCAAGACGGUCGCCUCGGCCCACGUCACCAUCAAGCCGGGCGCCAUCCGCGAGAUGCACUGGCACCCCAACGCCGAUGAGUGGAGCUUCUUCAUCAAGGGCCGUGCGCGCGUCACCAUCUUCGCCGCCCAGGGCGAGGCGCGUACUUUCAACUACGUCGCCGGCGACAUUGGCAUCGUACCCCGGAACCACGGCCACUACGUCGAGAACAUUGGCGACGAGGACAUUGAGAUGCUCGAGGUCUUCCGCGCCGAUGCCUUUCGGGACUUUUCCCUCGAGCAGUGGCUGCUGUCGACGCCGGAGCGCAUGGUCCUCGACACCAUGUUUGCCGACGACAGGGAGAGCGGCGAUGCCUUUUGGAACCAAAUCAAGGACAACAAGAAGGACGAGGUCACCAAGCCUUGA